AUGAGGAGCAUUGGAUCUGCCCUGAACCUGCUUUUGGUAUCACCACUCUAUUUUGUGUGGACCGUGGUCGCUCUGGACCUGGCACAAACUCCCUGCACCACUUUGGUCCAAGGGAAAUUCUUUGGGUAUUUCUCCUCCUUCGCCGUCUUCCCGUUGAACUCCUCUCUCUGCUCUUGGAUUAUCCAGAACCCUGACCCUCGGAGGUACACUUUGUACAUGAAGAUCCUCAAGCCUACUGGUGUAUGUGACUACCAGCACAUCCGCACCUACCAGUUCGACUCCUUCCUGGAGUCCACCCGCACCUACCUGGGCAUGGAGAGCUUUGAUGAUGUCCUGAAGCUCUGUGAUGGGUCCACUCGUUACGCCUUCCUCCAGUCCAACAAGCAGUUCCUCCAGAUGAAGCAGACUGCCCCACCCGGCGUGGAGAGCUGGCCGGUGAGGUGGAAACCCACGAAGGUUCAGGAGAGGGAUUUUUCAGUGGAGUACCUCGUGGUGGGCAACAGGAACCCUAGCAAAGCUGCUUGCCAGAUGCUCUGCAAGUGGCUGGAGGCUUGCUUGGCCAUCAGCAGCAGCUCCCACCCCUGUGGCAUCAUGCAGACCCCGUGCUCUUGCUCGGGAGGGGAGGUCCUAGAUCAGGCCAGUGAGAUCCUGGGGCUCACCAGGAAGAAGGAAGAUUGCUACAAGGAUGGCGUUUACUUGGAGAACUGUAUGAGCAGCCCCAAGGACAGCAGCGGAGUGGAGUUCCUGG